AUUAUAUAAUAUAUAUAAAAAGGAGACCAGGACAUAUACUCUAUAAAUUAGUAAUUAUAUAAUACAUAAAAUGGUAUAAAUUCUUGCUUGCAGAUGAAGCAUGGAGAGAGAGAUGUGGGUUAAUGGGAGGUGAUGGUCAAACUAAGAAAAAGAUAUCAAUAAAGAAGAUUAAAAAAAUAAAUAAAUAGGAGGGAAAUCAAGUGAAGAGGAAAAAGAAGUCAACGUUCUUGUGAAACAGGAGUUUGCCACUUUUAUUGCUAGUUGUACUUCACCUAAAAGUCUACGAUUCCAGAAUCCCCAAGAAAAUAAAAAUAAAAAUAAAAAUAAUAGAAACACUUUUUUCCCCGAGCAAAAAAGUAAAAUAAAAAAACAAUUUUAUUUUAAUUUCGAUUACCUCACUCAGAUUCUCUCUCUCUCUCUCUGUCUCUCUCUCUCUCUCUCGUAGAUAAAUACCCCAUCAUCAUUCAUCAUUCAUCAUUCAUCACCACCGCUCUAAAAACUCUCCCUCACCAGUCACCACCAUUACACAAACCCCAACCCCGCCCAAACCAAAACCCAAGCUCGCCUUCCUCUUUUCCACCUCUUCCUCUCCUCUAUACUGACUUUCUCUUUCUUUUAUUUUCUCACAGACAUAUCACAAACACCUUUUGCCACCAACUCGCUAAUUUGUGUUUUUCUAUUUAUAUAUACAUAGAGAUAUAUCAGAUUAGAUUUAGUAGAGCUAGCUAUGGUGGUGGCCACCCCGACCCCAAUUCGCAGUGACAAGAUCGAGGCCAUUGAUCUCCCCAUUAUUGACCUAUCAGGCGAGAGAUCAGAGGUUUCUAAGCUCAUCGUCAGAGCUUGUGAGGAGUUUGGUUUUUUCAAGGUCAUCAACCAUGGUGUCCCAUUCGACAUUAUCUCAAAAGUCGAGCAAGAGUCUCUCACUUUCUUCUCCAAACCCAUUCCUGAGAAACAAAUGGCUGGACCUCCAAACCCUUUUGGUUAUGGCUUCAAGAACAUUGGCUUCAAUGGUGAUAUGGGAGAGGUUGAAUAUAUUCUCCUCCACACUAAUCCUCUCUCUAUUUCUCAAUGCUCCAAGACUUUCUCCAAUGACCCUUCAAGGUUCAGCUCUGCUGUGAGUGGAUACAUUGAAGCAGCUAGGCGUUUGGCAUGUGAGAUUUUGGAUCUGAUUGCUGAUGGGUUGUGGGUCACAGACACAUCAGUUUUCAGUAGGCUGAUCAGGGACGUUGAUAAUGAUUCAAUGUUCAGGCUCAAUCACUACCCACCUCUCUCCAAGGAUAGCGACACGUCACCCUCUUACAACAACAACAACAACACCAACAGCUGCAGCGGCACCAAGGUUGGUUUUGGAGAGCAUACUGACCCUCAGAUCCUCACCCUCUUAACAUCCAACGAUGUGGGUGGCCUUCAGAUUUCUCUAGACGCUGGAGUGUGGACUCCGGUCCCUCCUGACCCCACUGCCUUCUGGGUUAAUGUGGGUGACGUGUUACAGGCCAUGACAAAUGGAAGGUUUAAGAGCGUGAGGCACAGAGCAAUAACAGGCUCAUUCGAGUCAAGAAUGUCAAUAGCCUAUUUUGCAGCUCCUCCUCUGAACGCGAAGAUCACUGCUCCUCCAGAAAUGGUCAAGCCAGAGAGUCCUAUUCUAUACAGGCCCUUCACUUGGGCUGAAUACAAGAAAACUACCUACUCUUUAAGGCUUGGAGACACCCGUCUUAACCUCUUCAGGCUUGAUGGAUAAAAAGAAGUGUGGCAAAAAAUUUGGAGGGAAUAUUUCCUAUAUAUAUCAAUAUUUCUUAGUUUUUUAAUCUUUUCUUUUUUGGGUUUUGUUUUUCUGAGUGUGGUCCCCUCUGAAGUGGAUUUUGCUUACAAUCUUUCCCAGAGGUUUUUGCUUACGCUAAGAAAUCUUGUUAUAGACUGUAUUUUAGGUUGGGAAAAUGAAAAAAAUGUUUGUACGAGUGUAUUUAUGCAAAUCGUUAGUGGAAAGCUUUUCUUUUA